AUGGACCUCGAUAGUGAGAACGAAAAUAAUGAGCUCGUGGCCGUGGGUACACCUCCUGAGGUUAUGCACCAGGCAGAAGAAGUGUGUUCAAAUUUAUUGCCCGAAAAGUCUCGAACGAAGUACGAACACGUAUAUGGAAGGUUUAUGGAAUGGAGACGUCAAAAAAAGGUAUCAUCUUUAUCUGAAAAUGUUCUUCUUGUAUACUUCGAAGAGUUAUCUAAAAAGUAUUCUUCCUCUUCACUGUGGACAUUCUAUUCGAUGCUACGAACUACAUUAAAUCUUGAUGAUGGAGUGGAAAUUGAUAAAUAUCCCAAACUACGUACUUUCCUUAAACGUAAAUCAGAUGGACAUCUUAAGAAGAAAUCUAAAAUCUUCAGCCCCGAGGAAAUAAAUGCAUUUUUGAAUAAUGCACCUGACGAAGUAUAUCUUGCAACAAAGGUUGCAUUGAUAAUGGGUUUAAUGGGUGCAUGUCGAACCUGUGAGUUAAGUGACAUGAAAGUCGAGGAUAUUAAAGAUUUUGAAGGGGGAGUUAUUAUCACAAUACCUAAAACUAAAACUAAAAUUGUCCGAACGUUUACAGUUACGGGUCAAUUCUUUGAUAUAUACAAGAAAUAUGCGAAAUUGCGCCCACCUACCGUUCAAUCUCCCUUUUUUUUUUUAAAUUUCCAAAAGGGAAAAUGCACAAGCCAAAAAAUUGGAAUUAACAAAUUUGCGAAAAUGCCCAAAGAUAUUGCUACCUUUUUGAGACUUACGAACACGCAUUUAUACACCGGUCACUGUUUCCGAAGAACAUCCGCAACAAUCCUAAUUGAUGCUGGUGGAGACAUCAUGGCUUUGAAACGACACGGUGGCUGGAAAUCGACAGCCGUAGCCGAAGGAUACGUUGAUACUUCCUUGACAAAUAAGUUGGAUACCGCUAAAAAAAUUUCAAGCUCUGUGAUUUCUAUUUCCAAUAUCGCUCCACACCUGCAGCAUCAUCAUCCGGAACAUCUUGUAGUAUACUAACGUAUUAAAUGCAAAUGCACAUUUUGAGACCCAUGCUCAAACCAACUUGCAACCAAAUUCUAUUACAUUUGUUAAUUACGGUACCAUGACAGUUAAUUUUUCAAGAUCUACCACAGAACUUACUCCGCCAUAAUUCGACGUUAAAUAAGAAAUCUUUCCUUUAUAGAAUUAAAUCCUGCUUACUUUGUUUUCAUUUCAGUUAUU